AUGGAUAGUGAUCACGUUUCGAUGAGUCAGUGGGAUAAUCUCAGAACAUCAGUCCUUAACUCAUGUUACCAGCAAUAUAUAUCAUCGAGUGAGCCACGCAUAUACUCCUACAAGCAUACUACAGGUAUCCUAACUGUCCACAUUACGACAAUCAGGAAGGGAGAGUAUCGCCUUAUCGGGAUCAUCAUAUUAUUUGUCAGUACGUCUACAUCUUUAUGCAAUAACAAAAUCAAUACCAUCAUCAACCUCCUCUCAGAACCACAAACACGACCACGCAACAACCCAAAACCAGACCGCACCUACAACCCUACAACACAACCAAAACCAUACGCAACGCACCGCAUACGCCUCACCAACAUUCAAUUUAUCCCCUCCCCACCGCCGUCGAACUUCAAUGAGACACUCAGUAGUUAUUACCUAUUGCUACUGGAGGACGUAAACGGCAGGUGUGGUGACGUCACCAGCUUAUAUCAGGCAAAGUCUAGUCCGAACGAAAACUUGGCAAAACUCCAACAGGAUCAAUUAUACGUAGCUAUUGCCAUGUCGUUCACGACAACAAGAACGGAUAGCAAUCUACUGUAG